AUGGCUCCCAUACGCCGAUAUCUCAGAAUAUCGAAAUACUCGGUCCUUGAAUGUCGAAUUUACCUCGAUAACCCCGCCCUAGCCCAGUCAUGGCUUCUCAAUUCUCGCAAACCGAUACUCCCCCAAGUCAUUGAGAGCAUCCGACCCCUGGUGCUGCCGAAGCUGCGUGAAGAAAAGGAGAGGAGCAAGAAGAAAAGUACCAAGAAGAAAGUUAUCAAGGAUGUGGUAGCCACAGAUGACUUUGAAGUAUCCAUCUUCCUAAUGGAGACGGCUAUCCGGCACUCUCUGCUUAGCAAGACCAAGCACUUCCGAGAAAAGCUACCUCCCAGGAUGGAGUCAAACUCGACGAAACUCAUCAGCGAGACGGACCGGACCGCUGUGGAUGUCGAUGCAGACGACUAUGCACCCGCAGUACGAGUAGAGGAGGACGACGACGACAUUGGACUGGCUGAUAUUCCCGCCGUGGAUACAGUCAGACGGAGUAAGCGUCAGAGACAGAGGCCGGGCCGGGACGACGACGACGAUAUCGACGGCGAUGCAUCCGACGAAGAUGAAACGGCGUCGGCCAUCGAAAUCGACUCUGAUACGGAGGCACCCCCUCACAAAAGGCGCCGAGGCCGAGCUGGCUUAUCCGACGAGACCCCGGACGAGGAUGACGACAAGAAGAAGCUAGCCAUGGACGUAUCAUAUGAGGGGUUCGCAAUCUAUGGUCAGGUGCUGUGUUUAGUCGUCAAGAAGAGGGACGGUGGGAAGACACCACUUUCCAGCAAUCGCGCCAGUGGUGCUGCAGCUAGUGGGAGUGUGAGUGGGAGCCGGCCGGAGGGCCAAGCAAUGAUGGAGAACUGGAUCUCGUCUACGCAAAUGCCUGUCGGGGACGAGGUUUCAUGA